AGGAGAUAAGGCGGGGCUAAGCUUGAUAUAUAGCAGGAAGGAAGGGACUCAAUUUUUGUAUUGCUUUCCUGAAACGUGGGCUCCUCAGGAUAGCUGCCUGAGUAAUCUUCAACAUUUAAUGCCAUGUGCUGAGAAGGGCACCAAAAGUGGGGUCGGUGGGAGAGCGGCCCGCUCUGUGCUUCAGAAGCUGAGCUUCAAGAGUGAAGCGGAAGAUUGGCCACCUUUGGGGACAAGCGCUGUCUUCGCCUCGGGUGGUCAACAGGCAGGUUGGUCACGGAGCAGUUUCCAGGGCAACAUCUUGAUCUGCGACUGUGAUUCAACAACCCCCAAAAAGGCUCGAGACCGGGGAACUCAGAGGAACACGACGCAGAGAGUAAGGGGAUCAGAUGCAAUAGCACUUACAGGACUGGCGUUCUAGAAGCUGACGGACUCAGUAGGAGACCGCUGAGGAGAGGGCGCAGCGGCCAGACACCGGGCAUCAGCAGAUUGCUUGAAAGGAGGAGGUGGGGAAGACUGGUAUCAUCUGCUCAGUCUGAGUGGCCUCUCUUGUGACUUUGUUGUAACUGCCUAAUUGCUGUAGGGUGUUGUUAUCUAAGUGCUCGGGAGGGAACUGAUCUGAUCCGGGCUCAGGGAGUGGAAACAUUGCGGCUCGGUGGUCACACUUCUAGCUGUGACCGCAGCAUCGUUUGCACUCAUACAACUCGUACGGUGCCUCGGGACUGGUAUUUGGUCAUCCAGUAGGUAAGGGAAGUAGAUCUCUUGAAUUCAAGGUUACCCCUCAGAUCACAAUGAGGUCUAUCCUAACAAGAUGGUUACUCGUGAUAGGAAUGACAGAAAUCUGGAGGCAAGGGAUCUCGAGACCAAGAACCCAGAUUUCCCCAAAGAGCUGGAAUGAGACUGCCAUGAGGAUGGUUUGGAAUAACGGGGGCAUCACCCGCUGGGUAGGGGGAGAAAGAAAGAAUUCCUCCAACUGGAGUAUUUGCACUCAGAAUACCAAAGCCUUUGAGGCAGUCGAUUGGCUUUGGUUGGUGAAGGUCUUGGGUCGACUACUUAUGCAGGGUCCUUGGGGCGCUAGUCUGAACCAGAUUCUAAAUACCUUCACCCAGGAUCUGGGCAACCCUAUCACCGUAAGGAAGGACCAGUUGCCGGUCAUACAAAAUAACAGCACCUUCAGGACAGAUGUGGACAGGGACCACCGAGAUAUCUGUUGGGUGGGGCUGAACCAGAAAAAACAAUUGAAUUAUACGUUAAGCGAGAGAAUCAGAGUCGAAAUUCCAUGGCUUCCCCCGUGGGUCAGGAAAGGCCUAGCCGAGAAUGCCAUCCUAAAGAAGAGACCCCUCUGGGCCCUCCUGAAAGACAGAUCGGUACACAGCAGGUUCUGUCCCAUGAGGGAAACAGUGACAAUCUGGUCCAUUGGGGCCUUUUGGGUAAGCUGGUCCUACUCAGAAUGUUUCUCUUACAGUCGUGUUUGGGGAAUAACAGAACUGGGAACGGGGGUGUGGAAUCUGGUCAUUGAGACCAAUUUACAGUCAAGGAAUCAAGCCCAGGGGAACCAGGAGUUGGGGGAGGUCUUUACUCUUGCCUUCCAAACCGCUAGCCAAGAGUGGACCCAAUUACAUCUCUUAAGAGCAAAGAUGAAGGAGCUGUUAGAGAAGCACAGUGAGAUGAUGGGCCAGCUGUUCCAGAUUGUACCCGCAGGAGCAUGGUGCCACGAUGCCCAAAGAAUAGUUUUCACCAUGCUGUUAUGUAUGCAACGGGAAGUAUACCUGCAGAAGGGGCUAGAAGAGCUGACCCAUUUUUUACCCUCCAAAUCCCACCCAGUAAGGGAUCCUCCACAGUGUCCAGGACUGGUAGGGGGGUGCUACGGAAAAGGGCAGGGGGAUAGCAUUCAGGUAUGCAGACAGUCUGGGCCACCAUUCUGUCAGUUUCCAAUUGGGAUUGUGGAAAAGGGGGAAUGGGUAAGACUGGCAUGUACCUGGGUAGAAACCUGGAAUGGCACACAUAUCAGCAUCUGGUCCUCAGAGACCUGUAGCCCAGACAACCCUGGGAACCUCAGGGACAGCUUUUGGUGUCCCUCGAGGCAAAAGAGGGAUAAAAAUUGGUCAGUAGCCUGGAUCAACCUCACGAGAGGAUCCCGGUACUUGAGGGAUGGACGAUACGCCCAGUGUAGUUUAACCGGGAGGGCAAUCAAGAGACGAACCCGAGCCUGGGGGGAAUGGGGACACCAGACCUUCAUGACAGGGAGCUGGUGGAUUCUCAACAAUUCCUGUUGGGUCAAUAUCAGCGGGAAAGUAAUUUUCCCAGCAUUAGGCAUCAAAGGACCCACCGUACGGGGGAACCUGACACCACCCAGUCUCACCUCCAAGGAUAGUGACUACCUGGAAAGGGUCUUGAGGGCUUGGGAUAAUGGGACACAAACAUGGGAGAUUGUGGUGAGCCAGCUCCGAAUGGCCAUUGAAAAAGCUGUAUCCCGAGCCAAAGAGUAUGGCCAAACUUGUCAAAGGUGGAAGGAGGACUGGUUGUUUCUCUGUUCAUCAGAGUCAUUGCUGAUAAACAUCAUCCAUGCAUGUGUACUUGCCAUCCUGGCUGGUAUUGUGCUUGGAAUGGGAUUGCUAAUCCUAUGCAAAUACUAGAACCAGCAGAAAGCUGUCCAGAGACCGAAGGAUUUACUCGGCUCUGGGGGUCACGGAGGCCCACAAGAGAAAAGAAGGUGAAGGCAUGUAAGGAGAAACAGAGACUCUGGAGAAGAGGGAGUGAUGGGCUUAUGAUGGCAAAAAUAAAAUAAGCAAGCUAGUUUAGGGUGGGAAAUUCUAACACUAGAUGUGGAGGGGGAGGGAUAUGAUUGAGUAGAAACCUAGAACUAACUCAUGGGUACUAGGAGGUAAAUAUGACAGUUAGUGCAAACACAGUAGAGAAAUUAAAAGAGAUGACCCAUAACUGCGUACAGAAGAUGACGUCGACUGAACGCAGAACAUGGCCCAACAAACGAGCCAUAAAAGGGAUGUCCGGAGAAGGGUGGAGGACGAACAGCUGGGAUGAUGACAGACGGACCUCCAUGAUGAGCCAAGGCGAAGCCAAGGUGGACUUUAUGGGGGAGGGAAGGGACUCAAUCUUUAGAAAAAAUGGGCCUGUAACAUAUGCUCCUCAGGACAAGAGUACCCGAGUAAUAAACCUUCAAUAUUGAA